AUGCAGCAGUUACUACAACAACCUUCUGUCAUGCAACAACAACAACAACAACAACACAACCAACACUUUCAGACUCAAGUUGGGACAAUCAAUGUGAACGAUAGUAUUCCUUCAACUUUACAAACUAUAAAUUCCGGUUUGGGAAUUAUUCCUCAGAAUACUUCUUCUCUUCAGAAUGACAGUUUUGUUCAACCUGAAACAGACAAUCUUUCGAAAACUGAUCAAUCUCAAAUGUUAUCUAAUUCGGAACGUGCCUCACUGAUUAAUCAACUUACUGAAGUUAUUAUGAAUAAUGCAGCGCAAGGAUUUCUUUUAACCGGAAAUAAUUAUAUACCGCAGCCGUCGCAUGUUAACUCGUUGUUCAAUGUUCAACCGAUUCAACAAACAAUUCCAAACAAUCAUUUGUCACAGUUUCCAUUCCAACAAAUUCCUCUAUCUCAACAGCAAUUACAACAACAAAAUCAGCUGGGAAACGCGGCAUCAUUCAUUAAACCUAUUGAACGUAGGACAAGAAAGAAACUGAAAUCUAAACCUCGAUAUGUAUUGCGUGUAACUAAGAUAGAAAGAGAUUCUGAAAACUGUGAACCUGGUAAUCUGCGACCAACAUUCUAUUUGGAGAUGCCAGAUUUGAAUAAUCCGAAUGAAUUAUGGAAGAUAACGUUUCGAUGUAAUUUAUCCGAUACACCGGAAGAUAUAAAACUGUUUCAAGGAUCUGGUUACACUCCGGCAAAUGAGGAUAUUGAUCGUGCGGCCAAAGAAGCAGUUAUCAGCCUGCUGGAGGCUUUACGUAAUGAUGUUAACUCGGUAAAAUUAAAUCAGGAUUAUAUUUUCUAUCCUCGACCAUCUCCUGUUGGAUUAGAUCAAACAUUAUCAACACCUAGUUUAUCUAAUUUGCCUACCACCUUAUCGAAUACUACUGUAGUUCAGUCUGGUGCACCUGUUUUCACUGGUUUAUAUGGUGGAGGUGGGUUACAGAGUUCGAGCAGCGGUCUGCCUUAUUCCUCAGCAGUCCCACAUGAUGCUUCAGCCUUCAUGUCUAAUUUUGAAGAAGUUCAACCGUUAGAUUCUAAAAAUCAUGAAGAUGAAGAUGAAUUCAGUGAAAAUUCUAGACCCUUAUCUCCUGCUGAUAAUGGGAAUCAAACAAUCCAUUUCCCUUUUCAAACUAUAGUCGAUGGCAUUGAAUCACUAGGUAGUUUUAAAGCUCCUACAAGUAGUCAGUGUGCAUCGUACUUCACUGCUUCGUCUUCUGCUGAGGGUUUAUCUACCGUUGAUUCAGUUGCCAAUAGCAGGCCUAGGGGUGAUUUUGGGCAAUUUUCUGAGAGUGUUCUUGGAUCUGAUAUUUCAAACAACAAUUUUUUUUCACAAUCCAUGUUGCCGAUGAAUUUAAACUAUGUAAACGAUAUCUUAUCUUUAGCUACUGUUCGUGCAGAGAAUGGUGCAAACCUUAUGAGUUUUCAAGCAGGUCUAGAAGAAGUACCUCCACUUGCUCCACCUCAUACCAAUCAGUUAGCUAGUGGGUUUAUUGGAGAUUCAGGGUCAACUUCAUGCAAUGAGUCAACAUCUUGUGAUCCAGGAGUAAACGUUCAACCUGAAAAUAAUGCUGCCUACCAGUCAUAUGGCCCCCAUGCGUUGUAUAAUAUACCCCAUCUAAACCAUGUUUCUUGUAAUCAAGGUGGGGCCAGUUAUAGUUCUUCAUCUCCUUUUAAUCCUGAAGGACUAGUAAAUGUUACAAUAACCAUUCCCAGCUUUUUGGAGGCUACUUUACGAAGUUUGGUUUCCAAGUUGUGUUCAAAUCCUUCUCAUCCCUGUAUCUUGAUACCAACCUUAGAGUCUAAUGAUGCUUCAUCUGUUUCUCAUUGUUCUAGUGUGCGUGUGGUUGAUAUACCAGAAGAACACAUUUUUGUUGGUGUUCCUGGGGAUGGACGCAUGCCAUCUGGCACUUAUUUACGUAGCACAUUUGUAACAAGUGCCAAAAAUGAUAUUGAUAAGGCAUAUAUUCUGGUUGCUGAUACUCAUUCUGAUGAUACUUUUUCGGGGCCGCAUAUAUACAAACUCCCAAGAGACUCAGCACUCAUUUUAACACAUACGGGCAACAUUCAUUUGCUAGAUAGAGCUGCUCUUGUUGUCCCAGUGCGUUCAAUAGAUCAAAGUCACACUGUCAGUCCUCGAACCUCUCCUCAUCAUGAAUCUGGUACAUACCAUCCAACCGUAUCAUCUGUGUAUGUUCGUGAGUUGCCUAUUCCAGCUGAUGCUGAUGCAUUAAGUUUCGAUGAUGUACUUGCACUUCUGUUAGCCCUUCGUGAUGCACCUCAAGGUGCAAUGCAACCGUAUCAUUUAAAUUUGACUGCCGCAAAUGUUGACCAUGAAAAUGCUCAAGUUGAAUCCAAAACUACGAUAUUUGAUAGUGUUCCAGGAGCUGAGUCUUUAAGUCGUCGAUCAUCUUCAGCUACAACAGCGGUUCCUGCAACUCAGGGACACUACACUUCACAAGCACAACCUACUUCUUCGUCUGGAAUGACUACUAACCAACCACCACAAAAUUUACUGAGUCAGCAGCAACAAGCUCAAGGUCCACUUCUUCAGACAGGUGUUCAAUCAAGUCUUCAAUUUUCGAUCCCUGCAUCUGUUGGUCAGCAAUCGACCAAUAACUCACCGGGUCCAGUUUCUUCAAACAUCGCUGCUUCACGACUUUCUCUACCUAAUCAAAUACAGUCUUUCAUCCAGUCAAUGAGUCAACCAUCUCCUCUGCAGUCAGUUCCUCCAUCUGCAUUAGAAGCACACACAUCAUGUGGUACUGCGUAUAUCAACCAACCAUAUCCUUCAAAUGAUAUGCUUCAAUCAAAUCAGUCUGUGGUUGCACAAAAUCAGCUGUCUUUACCGGUGAACAAUAUAUACUCACAACAACAACUGUUGCAUAUGAAAUCAAUGCCAGAACACCUGUCAGUGACUCAUGUAAAUCCUGCAAGUCUGUCAAAUAUACAACAGCUAGGCAUACAACAACAGCCGACACAUGUACCAACCCAAUUGAUGCAACCGAAAGAAUUGCAACAGCAAUCAAUAGCUUCACCAAACACUCAGCAACUUAUACAACUAUUAUCGGCACUGAAUACUCUACAAACAUUAGAUCAAGUACCUCAACUCUUGUCGAAUCUCUUGAAGACUUCCAAUCAGGUUGUCAAUUCAUCUUCUAAAGCAACAGCAAAUUCUGGAGUUGUUGCCACUGGUCCAAGCGUAGGUGUAAUUCGACAUCAUAGACAAGCUUCUCCCCCAGUACCAAUACAAUCCACGACACCGUCUCAGUCACAAGCUAGUCAUAUACCUCAGAGACUGAGUGUUGCUAGCCCUCCAGUAUCCAAUAUAGGGGCAUGCGCAGCCAGUGUGAAUUCCUUGCCUGCACUAUUAAGCCGCUUGUUAGCUUCUGCGGUUGCCAACUCUGAAUGGUCAAAGUUUAGUGAGGUGAGUAAACUUCAAGGUGUUCAAAUGCGUCCUCUUUUGCAAACCAAUUUGUCAUCAGCUUCAUCUAAUGUGGACAGUCAGGAUGGGGUGAAUGUCCAAUCCAUAGUGAAGUCCUCAUCAGUCCAUUGUGGUGGUAUUCAUACACCUCAAACACCUCAACAGCCUUCAUUGCAGCAGCAGCAACAACAACAACAACAGUUACCUCAAAUGACAUCUCACCAACAACCGACUCAACUUCAGUCACAACUUCAGCAUUCAUCUUCAGUCAUGCCACAACAGCAACCAACCCAGAUGCAAUCACAAACACAACCUCAAACACCACCAGUUCCAACACCGCAGGUCCAAGGACAGCAACAAACUUCUCAAAUAUCUGGACAAGUUCAGCAACCUAACCAGGCACAACCAUUAACUCAGCCUACUCAAAUAAACCAGCAUCAACAAGCGGUUCAGAUUCUGUCUCAUUUGCCACCAUCACAGAUGCAACAGCAACAACUUCCGGUGAUAACUCCUCAAAUACAGACACAUCAAGUCGAUCAGCCACAGACAUCACAAAUUGCAACACAGCAGCAACCGAUGCAUCAAACUCAACCGGUGCAGUCAACAACGCAACAACAAUCUCUGCAGAUGCAAACCCAUCAACAGCCUGCAUCUCAACAACCUCAUAUAUUUCACCCUCCAAUAAACCAGCAUUUUCAACAGCCAUCACAGUGGCAACAACCACAACACCUAUCAAAUAUCAUGCCGAAAAAUUCUGCACCGUUACCAGGGAAAGACAGAAAUCAACAACAAUUAUCUUUACCUGCAGCUCAUUCUUACCUCAGUCAGAUUUUACCCGAGUUAGCGAACGCAGUCCGCCUACUUCAGCAGACAUCGGAUAGCAAUAGCGCUGGUUUGCUUCCUGUGGAUGUUCAAAAUAAGUUAAUUACUCUAUUGCAGCAACAACAACAUUCUGGGAAUCCCCAACAACAGCAACCGCAGUCCAUGCAACAAGCACAAGGUCAAGCUCAACAAUCAUCAAAUCAAGAUAUAACCUUCAAUUGUACAGGAAAUGUUACAGUGCCUUCUUGUGCAUCUGGAAAUAAUCAACUCUUAAAUACUCAUGCUAUGUCGACAAAUUCAAAAUUACCUGUUUCUUCAAAUAUGACUUUAAAUCGUUUUAUUGUUACACCGUCUAGUGUUUCACUCAAUACAUCUGUGCCUAAUCCUGUGUGCAAUCCUGUAGCUUCCAAUCCCUCUCAUGAGCAUAUGAUUCCUCUUGAUGUCAACAAAGAUGUUAGCAAAAUUGAUCAUCCUCCUCCUCAUCAUCAUCACCAUCAUGCCUCUGCUAAUUUACCAACAGAAUCAUCUAAUAUAGUUUCGACUAGACCUACUGUUAUUAGUUCGGGUGCAGCAACUAUAGCUAACAAAUUCACGGUGGCACCGGCUAGUCUGGAAGAUGAUGAUCAAACAGCUUCUUCUGUGGUUGCACAAACAUCUACAACCAACCAACAACAACAGGCACCACCACCAAGACCACCUAGACAGCAGCGUCCUUAUACUGGUUCUACACAUGGAGUGCAUACACCAAGUGAAUCAAUAGGACAGGGAUCUAUUGCUAAUGGUGGUGCAAAUGUCAAUAUGCCGUCCAAUAUGAAUCAACCUAUGCCUGUUACAACAUUGGCAAAUAUCAAUUCAGCUUCAAAUAUUCCAUCAGCAAACAAGGCAAUUCCUUUUAAAUAUCCAUUCAAGUUUCGCAUCAUUACGAAAUUGAAAAUGUAUCCUCUCAACUUGGUUCAUCAACUACAACUAUGCCUACUACAACACUGACUGCUGCUCUACCUCGAACUAAUAAUCCACACCAAUCUACUCUUUCAUCUAAUGUAACAAAUACUAUUUCAUUGAAUGCUGUUCAUUUAUCGACUACUAUUUCUGUUCCUGUUCCUGCUCCUAUUCCUAGUGUACUUGGAUCCCAACCUUCAACUUCAAAAUGAAUUCUUUCCUGGGGAUGAGUUGAAGUCGGUGUGGUUCCACCGAAAAUCUUUAUCAUAUCUAGAGAGUUUUUUUUUUCUUUCCUGAUAGCCUUUUUCUUGACACACAUUUUCUUCUGACACAAUCAUGUGAGUAUACCUGGUGUCUAUCUUCUUAGCUAAUUCAACAGGUAUUCUUGCCUCUCUUUAUCCUCUCUGUAAAUCGAGCUUCCACGGUUGUUUCACACUUGACUUUCUUUACAAAAAAAAUACACAGGAACAAGAAUUACUUCUUUUUCUCUGUUUUUUUUUCCUCCUGGUCAUCUUUGCCAUCUACAUACACUGUAGAAGAGAAGGAUGUUUUUGGUUGUUGUUUCUUCAUUACAUAAUCAUUCCAAAAUAAAACUGUUUCUUGUUGUUAUCAUAAGUUUGCAUGUAUCAACGUGAAAAACAGUUGUGUUCAACUGACUUUAUCAUUUAUCUCAUAGUUCAUGAAAACUAACGCUCAUGGCUGGCUAUGGUUAAUUAUUUGUUAGAAGGCGUUGUACUAUUUGAAUAGCUUCGAGUUGAAUUGGUUCCGCUUGCUUUCCUUCCUCAUUUUUAGUUCUGUUUCUCUUUCAUUUUUUUUUGGUUGCUAUCAUAUCGAGUUUUUUCUUCUUCUUGUUCAGUAUAUAUUAUUGUAUCUCUCAUAGGUGACUGUUCAACUGUUGCUCGAGUUUCACAGUUGUUUUGUUUUUUUUCUAAACGAAAAAUUGAAAUAAAGAAAUUGUUGAUC